AACUUAAAUAUUUAUGAUACAAGUACGAAUGAAAUUUAAUGAAAUAAACAAAUGAGGAGGCAGAUACCGAAUUCCAAUCCACUCCCCUACCACAACACUUUUAAAAUUUAAAUUAAAGAAAAACCACACCCUCUCUCGAUCUCUUCAUUGUUCUUCCCAAAACAAACUAAAUACAUUUAUAUACACACACACAAAACAAGAUAGAUUAUCCAGUGGCCAUGGCGGAGAAGGAAAAGAAGAUCAAGAAACAUUUCAUAUUGGUACAUGGGGCGUGUCACGGAGCGUGGUGCUGGUACAAGCUCAAGCCACUUCUUGAGAGUGCCGGCCACCGGGUGACGGCGCUGGACAUGGCAGCGUCAGGAAUAGACAGGAGGGACGUUGAAGAAGUAAGGACGCUUUCGGAAUACUCAAAACCACUGUUGGAAAUGAUGAAUGGCGUUGUCGUUGGUGGCGGUGGCGGUGAAAAGGUGAUAUUGGUGGGUCAUAGCCUGGGCGGACUAAGCGUGGCCCUGGCCAUGGAGACCCACCCCGAUAAGAUUGCGGCCGCCGUGUUCUUGACCGCCUAUGUCCCCGAUACCCUACACCCACCGUCCUACGUUCUAGACAUGUACUCGGAUAAAAACCAAACAGAAGAGUUGUUAGACGUGGAGUUUGGUUCUAAUGGAAUCACCACACAAACACAGCCUUUCUCUUCAAUACUCUUCGGCCCCAAAUUCUUAUCUUCCUAUCUCUAUCACUUAUCUCCGAUUGAGGAUUUAGAGCUUGCAAAGACAUUGGUGAGACCAAGUUCGGUGUUUCAAGAGAAUCUAUCAAAAGCAAAGAAAUUUUCAGAAGAGAAAUUUGGAGAAGUGACCAAAGUUUAUGUAAUAUGCAGUGAAGAUAAGAUACUUAAAAAGCAAUUCCAAGAAUGGAUGAUAAAAAACAGUGGGAUUCAUAAUGUGAUGGAGAUUGAAGGAGCUGAUCAUAUGCCUAUGUUCUCUAAGACUCAACAACUUUCUCAAUGCCUUCUCCAUAUAGCCAAAAUAUAUGCUUAAAUAUACUGUAAGAUAUAUAUGUGUGUGUGUGUGUGACACACCCUCAUCAUCUUCUUCUUCUCGUCUUUUUUUUCCACCUACUACUGUGACAAUUAGUAAUACCUUAAUAUAUUAUAAUUUGCUUGCAUUGGACUCAAAAUCCAUGAAAUCAUCAA